AGCGCCGAUCAUGGACAUUGUCGUGCUCGCAAAACCUCGGUGACGGUGACAGAAUCGAAUCGUGACUCCACUAUGGGUACCAAACCGGUCUUAUCGUUCCUGGUCUUGAUAUGCUCGCAUGCCGUUUUCGUCGCCGCCCUGCCCGACUGGGUACCACCCGAGGUGAUGGACAUGAUCGCGGAUGACAAAGCACGGUGCAUGGGCGAGCACGGUACGACGCAAGCGCAGAUCGACGAAGUGGCCGGUGGAAAACUGGAGAAUAAUCCAUCGAUCACUUGCUACAUGUACUGUUUGUUGGAAGCGUUCAGCCUGGUAGACGACGAGGCGAACAUAGACAUUGACAUGUUGAUGGGUAUCCUGCCGGAAAAUCUCGUCGACAAGGCAACGACGAUUCUAAAUAAGUGCGGGUCACAAGCAACGGGUGCUGACAACUGCGAGAAAAUGUUCAAUCUUGGUAAAUGCGUGAUGGAAGCGGCACCGGAACUCUGGUUCGUCGCGUAAGGAGGCAGCGCGUGCUCUCUCGACGGUCAGGAAGAGCCAAGAGACGACAGGAUUGAACGACGAGUCGACGAGCAAAAUCAAGAAAAGUUUACGAUCUGUACAGGUACAUAGUUCACUGAAACGAGAAUACGCGUUUCGCUCUUGUAGAAAGAACGGAUUCUAUAAAUAUAAAACGUUGAACGAGACGCGUUCGACAAAUAUGGAAAACCCAAUAAAUAGAAUUGCUUGAGA